CGCCACCAUUAAAGUAAAAAAACCCAUUGGAUUCUAAUCCUUAAAACUCCUUCGUUUCUCUCUACCACUUCAGUCUUCAAAUUCCACUCCCCAACCCCACCUGCUACAUCGUCGAGUUCUCCUUCUCUGUUUCAAAGACGGACUAAACUUGAGAGAACGGAACCCAGUUCAGUAGUGACUCAAAUUGAGGUCGGCUUAACUCUCUUGAGUUUUGAAAAUGAGUUCUCGGAGGGAGAGGGUAAAUACGAGGAGUUUUAGGAGGGAUCAACAGGUGAACAAUGUGAAUGGUACACCUAGCGAAAACCAACAAAGCACUGUACAACCUCCAAUGGUUUCUCAGAUUGUGUCUGGUCCUCCAAUGAUCGAUGUAGAUGCGAUUGAAGACGAUGAUGAUGUUGUUGAAUCAACUGCAUCUGCUUUUCAUCAAGCUAAAAGACACAAAUCGGGAGGCGCACGUCGAGGAGCCUUAGUAGUUGAUGUAGAGUCAGGUGAUACUACUAGAGUAAGCGAAAACCGCAAAAAGCUGCAAUCUGAUCAAGCUAACAAAUCGAGAAAGUCCAACAAGGCCGUAGCUACUGUAGAGGAGCCUAAAUUUAACUGUCCAAUAUGUUUUUGUCCAUUUACCGAGGAGAUGUCAACGAAGUGUGGUCAUAUAUUCUGCAACAAGUGCAUAAGGAACGCGAUAUCUUGUCAAGCUAAAUGCCCUACGUGUAGGAAAAAGGUCACUGCUAAAGAACUCAUUCGAGUCUUCCUUCCAACCACCAGCUGAAUGAUACAGUGACAUCGCCAGGUUAAAAUGGUCUAUCGACUCUAUCCUUAGAGAUAUGUUUAGGAACAGUGAAGAACAAUGUUGUUCAUGAGUUGUCGUUUGUAACGUGCCUUAGUGAGAGAAACAUUUAGGAAUCAUUGAAGAUCUGUUUUUUUCAUUGGAUAUCAUCAGUAACUUGAUUAUCUGAGCGACUCUUUAUUGUUGAGAUAUAUAUAUAUAUAUAGGGGAAAGGUAAUGUUGAAUCUUAAGAAAGUAUAAGGAAGGUAUAUCUGUUAAGCCGGUAUAAUCUGAUGUAGAAGGUAAUUUUGUGACUAGAGUGCAGUAGUAGCCAGAUA